ACACACACACACACACACACACACACACAGUCAUACCACACUGACCAAGAGGAACCGGCAAUAAUCACUCACAGAUGCUCAUGACUAGAUCAGGCGUGACUGAGGAUUUAUUGUGCCUAUCGCGUUCCCUCCAGUCUGUCAUCUGAGCUGCACUUUAGACUCCUGUGUUUUCAGGAAGGGAUUUAUCUCCCAGCUCCACUCGCCCGGCUUUCUUUCCUCCUGCCAGCCCGGCGCCGCAACAGGGUUCAGCGCUGCUCCAGUCUUAACAGAGGAUUCCUUCCAAAUACCAACGAAGACUGACAGCUUAAUCACCAUGACCCUAAAGUCCAACAAGAGCGAGCCCCUUGGACCCUUUGCUGUCUUCGAGAGUAUUAACAGUUGCCGGACCCCACUGUCUGAUCUGUAUCUGGAGCAGCUACUGCAGACCAAAGGCAAGCCGGAGGGUUACAUGCUGACCUGUGCUGGUGCUGCCCAGGAAGUCUACAGUAAUGGCAGUACCAACUCUUCCCCUUACAUGAAUGGUAACAGUAAAGAACACGAGGUGCAGAACAUGAAGAAAAUCCAAAUGAUUACGUUCCAGAAAAGCACAAAUGAACCAAUGGGAAUUACUCUGAAACUGAAUGACCAUGGACGUUGUGUCAUUGGAAGGAUACUACAUGGAGGGAUGAUUCAUAGACAAGGCGCACUCCAUGUCGGUGAUGAAAUUCUAGAAAUAAAUGGCAAAAGUGUUGCAAAUCAAACAGUGGAACAACUGCAGUUGCUGCUGAAGGAAAUGAUGGGAACUGUCACUUUACAGGUUCAGUCCAGUUACCAUUGCAACCCUCUGUCCUUUGAGGAAAUGUAUUCAAAUCAGCCACCACUAAGAAAGAUGUACAUGCGAGCUCAGUUUGAUUAUGACCCAAAGAAAGACGAUCUGAUCCCCUGCAAGGAAGCUGGAUUAAGUUUUGAGACUGGUGACAUUAUCAAGAUAAUCAGUAAGGAUGAUCCCAACUGGUGGCAAGGCACACUGGAAAAUACAGGCAAAACCACUGGACUGAUUCCCUCUCCCGAGCUGCAGGAAUGGCGUGUGGCUAAUAGGAAUCCAGCAAAUCAGGAUGUGACAUCAGGAUGUAGUGUAUUUGGGAAGAAGAAAAAGCAGUGCAAAGACAAGUAUCUGGCCAAGCACAGCGCAAUUUUUGAUCGCCUGGAUCUGGUCUCAUAUGAGGAAGUGGUGCAACUCCCUGCAUUCAACAGAAAGACUCUGGUGCUUCUUGGGGCCAAUGGUGUCGGGCGAAGUCACAUCAAAAAUGCUCUGAUUACUAAACACUCUGACAAGUUUGCAUAUCCAAUUCCACACACUUCAAGGUCACCAAAGAACAAUGAAGAAGAUGGAAAGAGCUACUACUUUAUUUCCAAUGAUGACAUGGUGAAGAACAUCACCUCAAAUGAAUUCCUGGAAUAUGGAAGCUUCCAAGGGGCCAUGUUCGGAACAAAGCUGGAGACAAUCCGUAAGAUCAACGAAGGACAGGGGAAAAUUGCAGUGGUGGACAUUGAGCCCCAGGCCCUGAAACUUCUCAGAACGGCUGAGUUCGCACCAUUGGUGGUUUUCAUCGCUGCUCCCUCUGCAACUCUGCCAGGCACUCAGGCUGAAUCUCUCAAGAAGAUCCAAAAGGAGUCUGAUAUCCUACAGCAAACCUAUGGACAUUGGUUUGACCUGACACUGGUUAACAAUGAACUGGAAGAUACAGUGCAAAAUCUGGUGGAGGCAAUUGAAAGUGCAUGCACUACAGCACAAUGGGUGCCCGUUUCAUGGGUCUAUUAGUGCACCGUUGGAGAGUGGGUACAGGAAAUAAAAUGUACUUUUUAGAAUUCAUUUAAUCCCAAAUCAGAGUGCAGUUUGGAGCGGUCAUUUAUACCGAAAAACAUCUCCACUAGCUUUUUAAGAGUUCAUCCAAUUGAUUCAUCUUUCUCCAGAGCCAUCAAAUUUUAUAUACUUUAAAAAAAGUGACUGUUAACUAAUGGGAUAUUUACAAUCGUAUUACUCAAAAUGUCAGCUGUCUUGCCUAGUGCAUAACUUGCGUUUGCUUUAAGUAGCUUUCCUACAGCUAUUGUAUGUGGCCCUUUAAUGUACCUGGCCUGUUAUUUAAACUCCUCUCCAUCAUUGUAGUGAAUGACUCUUUUAGACUAUCUUCUAUGUUCAAUAUUGCAGCAUUUGCACAAAAUAGAGAACAAUAAAGCAUCACUAUUUUACCAGCAGAUUCAAGAAUGGGACAUACAGGUCAUUAAGCUCAAUACAGUGCCCUCCAAAGUGUUUGGGACAAAGACCCAUCAUUAUUUUAUUUGCUUCUGUACUCCACAAUUUGAGAUUUGCAGUAGAAAAAAAAUCACAUGUGGUUAAAGUGCACAUUGUCAGAUUUUAAUAAAGGCCAUUUUUAUACAAUUUGGUUUCACCAAGUAGAAAUGACAGCUGUGUUUAUACACAGUACUCCUCUCCUUUCAGGGCACCAUAAUGUUUGGGACACAUGGCUUCACAGGUGUCUGUAAUUGCUCAGGUGUAUUUAAUUGCCUUCUUAAUGCAGGUAUAAGAGAGCUCUCAGCAGAGAGUCUUUCCUCCAGUCUUUCCAUCACAUUUUGAAACUUUUAUUGCUGUUUAUCAACAUGAGGACCAAAGUUGCGCCAAUGAAAGUCAAAGAAGCCAUUAUAAGACUGAGUAGCAAGAAUAAAACUGUUAAGAGACAUCAGCCAACCCUGAGGCUUACCAAAAUCAUCUGUGUGGAACAUCAUUAAGAAGAAAGGGAGCACUGGUUCACUUACUAAUCACAAAGGGACUGACAGGCCAAGGAAGAUCUCCACAACUGAUGACUGAAGAAUUCGUUCUAUAAUAAAGAAAAAACCCAAACAAUUGUCCGACAGAUCAGAAACAUUCUUCAGGAGCCAGGUGUGGAUUUGUCAAUGAAGGGGACUAGCCCCGAAAACAAGCAUAAGUCUAAAGAUGGCUGCAAUACAUGCCUGGCAGAGCAUCAGAGAAGACAACUGGUGAUGUCCAUGAAUCAGACUUCAAGCAGUCAUUGCAUGCAAAGGAUAUGCAACAAAAUACCAAACAUGACUACUUUCAUUUACAUGACAUGCUGCGUCCCAAACAUUUGGUGUUCUGAAUGCAGG